CGCGAUCAAGAAGAUCUUGAGAUGUUGAUGAAUGUCGCGAAAUACAUCGCAAAAUCAGCAGAAGCUACUAGGAAAUCCGGAAGUGCUACUGCUUUCGCAUUAGCUGAAUCAUUUAAAGAGAAACUGGCGAAAGCGAAAGAAAGACGCGCUCAGAGGUUUCAAGAACUGCAAUUACCACAUCGACAUAUUUGCGAUUUAGUAGCAAUGCAUUUGAACGUAGAACCAAAUGAGGUUCUUGAAGCAGCAGCUGAUAGUGACAUUCAUAUCGAACUACUGGACAAACUAUUAAGCAAGAAUGGGAUUUUUGGGAUGUUGGUUUAUUACCAAGAUGGGUACGGUUACGAAAUCGAAACGGGAAGAUUUAAUCCAAACGCAAUGGCAGAUUUAGUUAUGAAACGUAUUUAUUUUACUGAUGGAAUGGACGAACCAGUCAAGGAUAAAGUCAUAGGAAUCUACAAGAUUGCAAAUGUUGACUUAAGCUUAAAAAACAUAAACGAUGCACUUUAUUUUACAAUGUUUGACAUUCAAGCCGAAAAUAUGAAUUCUGUAGCUGUUGCGUAUAAAUUGCUAGGAGAAUUGGUAGAUCCCUCAUUCAACCUCAAUAAAGAUUGGGGUGAUUUGCCAAAAACCGAAGUUGGACUUAGACAAAAAAACAAUUUUCAAGGAGACUUUGAAUCGUUUGUGGAUUUUCUAAAACAGACUAAAUUGGAUCUUGAAAUGGUUGUUAAUUUUGCUUAUAGCAGGGGUUUAUAUCGCAGAGAUUUAGUAAAUGAGAAAAAACGUACUGAAGCGAUUCUAAACAGACAAAUUGUGCAACAAGUAGAAUCGACUGUUCGAAUUUGGUGCAAGCAGAUGGAGAGGGCCCUGGUUCAGUACCAACAGCUGCGACGAGAAAACGAAUUUGUUGGUCCUCUUGUCGAAAUUGAAUACUGGCGAAGACAACUCGCCCGUUUUACAAGUAUUGUCGAAUUCAUCACCGACGCUCCCUGCAAAAUCCAUAUCCAGUUUUUGGAAGCUUGCAAAAGCAAACUUUUGAAAAUUUGGUCCAAACAUGAAAGUGCAGUCAUUGAAGCAAAAAACGAAUGUGCCGACAACAUGAGAUAUUUAUACGCUUUGGAAAAGUUUUGUAAUCCUCUUUAUAGAUGCGAAGCUACAGAAUUACUCCAACAUAUUCCCCCGUUAUUGCACGCAAUACGAAUGACUUAUACGACCUCACGAUACUAUAAUAACACAGCAAAUGUUACAGCUCUUUUAGUCAAAGUUUCUAAUCAAAUGAUUAAUGUAUGCAGGUCCUAUCUUAAUUGUAAUGGAACUAAAACAGUUUGGAAUCAAAAGAAAAAAGUCGUACUUGAAAAAAUUAAAGUGUGUUUGGACAUUUAUUUGAAAUAUUAUCAAUGUUUCAAGCACAUUCAGGAAGAAAUGAAAGAGGCAGGUGAAGCCCCAUUUGAAUGUUCCGAAAUGUACGUUUUUGGAAAAUUUGAGACUUUUAAAAAGCGUGUAGAGGAGAUUGUCGAUGUUCUUGAAACGACUACAAAAUAUUCAAUCUUGCAAAGUAGCAAAAUUGAAAACAUUGAUAUUUUCGCGAAGAAAUUCCAAACGUUCUUUGAUAACAUAUCGAGGCAAAAAUACGACGCUCUAAACCACCGAUUGCCACAUUUUGACAAAGACUACAACGAAUUUAAACAAAACGUCGUUGAUACCGAAUGGGAGUUGGAGGAAUUUGUUGGCACAUCUCUGGAAAAAGAAACAAACGUUCACAAUGUAUUACGAUUGCUGAAAAGGUUUGAGAAAUUAAAUUUGGAGUGUUUGCAUUUGGAAGAACGUUACUUGGAAGCAAUGGAAAUGUUUCAGAAAGAACUUGAAGAUUUACGCGAUCGUUAUAAUGAAGAAAGACAGUCACCUUUGUUACCCAGAAACAUGCCACCUGUUAGUGGAAGAAUAAUGUGGAUUAGGCAUUUAUAUCGCCGGAUGGAGGAGUCAAUGGAGAUUUUUAUGACCAAACCGAGAGUUAUGAGACACCGAAAUGUGCAAAAAUGUAUCCAGUUGUAUAAUGCAUUGGCUAUUGUUUUUGUCCAUUAUGAACAGAUUUAUCACGAAGCUUGGUACAAAUUUGCCGGACAAGUUCGUGCUUGCCUGAAUACACCGAUUUUGACAAGAGACUCAAAAACGAAACGAUACAAAGUCAAUUUUCACCCUUACAUUUCUGAAGUUAUUAGAGAAUCGGAAUACAUGUAUAAGCUUGAUCUUGCUGUUCCGGAUGUUGGCCAAGUCCUCGUUUUCUGUAAAGAAAAAAUCCUAAAUUCGUACGAAGUGAUCAAAGGUUUAGUUGAACGAAAUGACAAGAUUCGAAGUACCAUUCCCCCUCUUUUUAUCCCUCUAAUUCGCAUGCAAUUGAUAAAGAUGGAAGAUGCAUUUAGACCGGGCUUUUCCGUAAUAACUUGGACUUCAACCAAAAUACCCGAAUAUUGCGAAGAAGUCAACAAUGUCUUGGAUUACAUUGAAAUGUUUGUCAAAGAAGUCAAAGACAUGAAAGAAGCCAGAAUAGACGAAGUCCUUGACGCAAUUGCCGCCACUUCGCUUGUCUAUUUGCCAAAUGUAGCCCUCAUGCCUAACGAGUUUUUGGAACAAAAUAAAAAGUUUAUGGAUCAAGGAGUGAAGGAAAUUGAACUGAAAUCGUCGACGGCAGAACGAGCUGUUAUAGAUUUGAUUGAGAAGUUUUUGAGUGUUAUAGAACAACCGGAACUGCAAGAGAAAAAAUACGAUUGGCUGGAUGCUGAUAAAGCUAUGAAACCAGUUGGGUCAGCAUCACGUUUGAAUGUCUCACCGGAAGCAGCUUUUAAGGAAAUUGAUCGGAAUAUUCCUUUGGACCUCAACACCAUUCACAAUGACUGUUUGGAACUCUUUGCUUUCUUUAACAUGAAACUAAGCGAGGCUUUAGUCAAAUGUGUUAAAUUGUCUUUGGAACAGAUUAAGAAGCGGACUGCAAGUUUGCGAGACGAUAGUACCGCAACUCAUUCCCCAAUAAUGAAAACAUACAUGGAACUGCAAAUUCCUAUUAUAGUAAUUAACCCAACUUUGGACGAAAUUCAGAAUUAUUUUACCCAAGUCAUCAAUAAACUCCUCUACACCAUGUCGUUUGUGUGUAUGUGGGGACAACGUGGCACUAAGAAGAAACCUCGACGAGACAAACCAUUAAAGUUUAAGGAGAUUGUAAAAAUAAUCGCUAAAACUCCUCCCCCCGACCGAAACUAUUACAAAAUCGUGUCCGAAAAUAAGGAAAUAAUCAGAAUUUUCAUGAGUCUGCAAGGUGUCAUGUUUUUGUUGAAGCCAGACGUUGCAAAAUUAUUACAGCAAUAUUUGGAUUAUUCGUAUCUAUGGGCCGAAGGACGAGUUAAUGAAAUUGAGGCGUUUUGCGAGAAGAAUCCUCUCACUGUGGAAAUUGCCGAAAAGUUUCAAGAGUUUGAAAAUAGAGGGGACAAAAUCAGAGAAUUGCCCGAUAGUCAUAAUGUUGAUUCGAUACAAGUCGAUAUGGAGAAAUUUAAAUUGGCUCUGCUUGUGGAGUCUGACGCGUGGAAACACAUUUUGGGCAAAAAUCUUGCUAAACGUUACAGAGCCAAAUUGCUCGAAUUAGUCGAUUUUAUAAAGAAUAGAGAGAAAGUUUUGGGUAAACCAAUUAAAGAUCUAGAUGAUUGUCGACUGGCAAUGGCAUGUUUGGAGUUAAUCAGAGAAAACUUCAUCGAAAUUGAUUUAGACCUUAUUACUAUGGAAGAAGCCUAUAACAUUUUCAGCAAAUACAAAAUUGAUAUUCCGAAAGAGGACAUGGAUAGGGUUGAAUCUCUCAGAUUCAAUUUCCAAAAUAUGGUCGUCCAUGCAAAAUCGGUGCAAGAAAACAUCUGUAACGUACAAGGCCCUCUCUUACAAGAAUUAACAGAAGGAGUUUCGAAUUUCAGAGAAGAAGUGGAGGCUUUUGAUAGAGAUUUCGAACUGAAUGGCCCUAUGAUUCCUGGAUUAUCGGCUCGUGAAGCAAGCGACCGAGUCCUUGCUUUUCAAGACCGAUUCGAUGAGCUUUGGCGAAAAUUUGAAAUGUAUAGUAGUGGUGAAAAACUUUUCGGGUUAGAAGUCAACGAUUAUCCCAUUUUGCAUAAGCGCAAAAAGGAGUUUAAUUUGUUGAAUAAAUUGUACGGCUUGUAUUUGGCCGUUAAUCACAGUAUUGAUGGUUAUUUUGAUAUUUUGUGGACCGAUGUUGACACUGAAACGAUUUUUGCUGAACUCACUGAAUUCCAAAACAGGUGUCGAAAGCUUCCCAAGGCUAUGAGAGACUGGCCUGCUUAUCUAGAUUUGAAGAAGAAAAUCGACGAUUUUUCAGAAACUUGUCCUUUAUUGGAACUUAUGGCCAACAAGGCUAUGAAAGACAGACAUUGGAAACGUAUAGCACAAACGACUGGUUAUACUUUUGAUAUUGAUUCGCCGACUUUUACAUUACGAAGCGUAAUGGAAGCUCCAUUGCUACAAUUUAAAGAUGAAGUGGAAGAUAUUUGUAUAAGUGCCGUCAAAGAGAAAGAUAUUGAAGCGAAAUUGAAGCAAGUAAUUGCGGAUUGGUCAGUGGUGGAGUUAUCUUUCUCACAGUUUAAAGCUCGAGGAGAACUCCUCUUGAAAGGUACUGAAACUGGGGAGAUAAUUAUGGCACUUGAAGAUAGUUUAAUGAUAAUGAAUUCUCUUCUCAGCAACAGAUAUAACGCACCGUUCAAAAAAGACAUCCAAACCUGGGUCCAUAAGUUGGUCAACACGUCCGAAAUUUUGGAAAAGUGGCUUAUUGUGCAAAAUUUGUGGGUGUAUUUAGAAGCUGUGUUUGUUGGUGGCGACAUUGCUAAGCAGCUUCCGGGUGAAGCUAAAAGAUUCAAUAACAUUGAUAAAUCAUGGGUCAAAAUAAUGACAAGAGCACACGAACUCCCAAAUGCAGUCGAAUGUUGCACCGGAGACGAAACAAUGGGACAGUUACUUCCCCAUCUUUUAGAACAACUUGAAACAUGCCAAAAGAGCUUGACUGGAUAUUUGGAAUCGAAAAGAUUGUGUUUUCCACGUUUUUUCUUCAUUUCGGAUCCAGUUUUGUUGGAAAUUUUGGGUCAAAGCUCAGAUCCAACUUCGAUUCAGUCACAUUUGCCAAGUCUUUUCGAUGCAGUCUAUAAAGUGGCAUUUGACCCGAAAAAACCCGAUUAUAUAGUCGCCAUGUUAUCAGAUUUAGGUGAAUCGGUAAAUUUCGAAAAACCGGUUCAGUGUGUUGGAGGUGUCGAAAUUUGGUUAAAUAGUCUUUUGGAAAUGGUUAGAGAAACUGUGAAAUCUGUAAUUGCCUCACAAGCACAACUUUUGAACGAUCCAGACUACGAUUUUAUCCAAGGAUUUAUACCGUUUUGUGCUCAAGCUGGUCUUGUCGGUAUCCAAAUUUUGUGGACCAAAGAAGCCGAAAUUGCGAUCAGGAAAGCCAGAGUUGAUCGGUUUAUCAUGAAAGUGACCAAUGCAAGAUUUCUGGAUCUUUUAAACGCACUUAUUGAUCUCACGUCGAAAGAUUUAUCAAAAAGGGAACGGACGAGGUUUGAGACUAUGGUCACGAUUCAUGUCCAUCAGAGAGACAUUUUUGAUACAAUUUGCAAGUUAAAAGUGAAAAAUUUGCUAGAUUUUGAGUGGCAACAACAGAGUCGGUUUUACUACAACGAAGAAAAUGACGAUGUGACUGUUAGGAUAACCGAUGUGAUAUUUUUGUACCAAAACGAAUAUUUGGGGAUUACUGAACGUCUAUGUAUCACACCAUUGACUGACAGGUGUUACAUCACUCUGGCUCAAGCAAUUUGGAUUAAUAUGGGAGGAGCUCCCGCGGGACCGGCAGGAACCGGUAAAACCGAGACCACCAAAGACAUGGGAAGAACUUUAGGAAAAUUCGUUGUCGUCUUUAAUUGUUCCGAUCAGAUGGAUUUUCGAGGCCUCGGCCGCAUUUUUAAAGGUUUAGCCCAGUCUGGAACUUGGGGCUGUUUUGAUGAGUUCAACCGAAUUGAAUUACCGGUGUUGUCAGUAGCGGCUCAACAAAUUUACAUUGUUUUGAUGGCAAGAAAAGAACGAAAACCCACGUUUAUUUUUAUGGAUGGUGACACCGUUUCGAUGAAUAUCGAGUUUGGUAUUUUCCUUACAAUGAAUCCGGGUUAUGCCGGAAGACAGGAAUUACCCGAAAAUUUAAAAAUUAUGUUUCGCAGUGUUGCAAUGAUGGUUCCAGACCGGCAAAUUAUAAUUCGAGUCAAGCUGGCGUCUUGUGGUUUCAAAGAUAAUAUUAUUUUAGCACGAAAGUUCUUCACGCUUUAUCAAUUGUGUGAGGAACAAUUAUCGAAACAGGUGCAUUAUGACUUUGGACUACGGAACAUUUUGUCGGUUUUGAGAACACUAGGGGCCCAGAAAAGGUCGCAUCCCAGUGAUACGGAAGAGACAAUUGUUAUGAGAGUUUUGAGGGACAUGAAUUUGAGCAAAUUGAUAGACGAGGAUGAACCUCUUUUCCUCUCUUUGAUUGAGGAUAUGUUCCCCGGAAUUAAAUUAUCUACACACUCUUGGAAAGACUUACAAAAAGCUAUAACUAAUCAGACUGCUGAAAUGGGAGUCAUUAAUUAUCCUCCAUGGAACUUGAAAGUAAUUCAGCUUUAUGAAACCUCAUUAGUAAGACAUGGACUUAUGGUUUUGGGACCCACAGGUGCUGGUAAAACAAAAUGUAUGCAUUGUUUGAUGAAAUCAAUGACUGAAACUGGGCUGCCUCAUAAAGAAAUGAGGAUGAAUCCUAAGGCUAUAACAGCGCCCCAAAUGUUUGGACGAUUAGACGUUGCAACAAACGAUUGGACUGAUGGUAUUUUCUCGACUUUGUGGAGAAGAACUUUGAAAAUUAAGAAACAUGAUCAUGUUUGGUUGGUCUUGGAUGGUCCAGUAGACGCAGUCUGGAUCGAAAAUCUCAAUUCUGUGUUAGACGAUAAUAAAACUUUGACAUUGGCUAAUGGUGAUCGCAUUGUCAUGGCACCUAAUGCAAAAUUGGUUUUUGAACCUGAUAACGUUGAUAAUGCUAGUCCAGCUACCGUAUCUCGUAUGGGUAUGGUCUUUAUGAGUUCAUCUGUACUUCCUUGGAGCCCAAUUUUGGAAGCUUGGUUGAAAACAAGAACUCAGCAAGAGGGUGAUGUUUGUAGAACUGUUUUUGGUAAAAUUUAUGAAGAACUCCAUUCCUUUGUACAAGUUAAACUUAAGGCAAAAAUGAAAAUUACUGAAGCUUUGUAUAUUAGGCAGUGUUAUGAUGUUUUGGCUGGAAUUUUAGAUACAGGAGACGAUACAAAAGUAUGGACUGAUAAGCAAUUGGAACGUUUAGUUUUGUUUUCCAUGAUGUGGUCAGUUGGGGCCGUUUUGGAAUUGGAAGACAGAGCAAAAAUGGAACAAUUUGUUGUAACUCAUCCUUCGAAACUCGAUUGGCCAAAAUGUAGUGAAAACGAGACAAUUUUCGAGUAUGUUGUCAAUCCCAAAACGGGAACUUGGCAACACUGGUCUGAAAGAGUCGAAGAAUUUAUUUACCCCACUGAUAGCGUUUUGGAAUUUAUUAAUAUUUUAGUACCAAAUAUUGACAAUGUUCGAACUGCAUUUUUAAUCGACACUGUGGCAAAGCAAAAUAAAGCCGUCCUAUUAAUUGGAGAGCAAGGUACUGCUAAAACAGUCAUGAUAAAAGGCUACACUCAAACCUUCGAUCCUGAAUAUAAACUGAGCAAAUGUUUUAAUUUCUCUUCUGCGACCACACCAAAUAUGGUUCAGCGAAUUAUUGAGUCGUAUGUUGACAAAAGAGUGGGGACAACUUAUGGUCCUCCUGCUGGUAAAACUUUGACAAUAUUUAUUGACGAUAUAAAUAUGCCCGUUAUUAACGACUGGGGAGACCAAAUAACUAACGAAAUCGUGCGUCAAGCCAUGGAAUGUGGGGGUUUUUACAGUUUGGAUAAACCGGGCGAUUUUUCAUCAAUUGUCGAUGUUAUGUUUCUCGCGGCUAUGAUACACCCUGGAGGUGGACGAAAUGAUAUUCCGCAUCGUCUUAAAAGACAAUUUUGUGUUUUUAAUUGCACUCUUCCGAGUAACAAAGCCAUGGACGUUAUUUUCAGCCAAAUUGCUUGCGGUUACUUCUGCAUCGAGAGAUUCAACCAAGAAAUUGUCGACUUUGUCCCCAGACUUAUCCCAUUGACUCGUAAUAUUUGGCAACACACCAAAAUCAAAAUGUUGCCAACGCCGGCCAAAUUUCAUUACGUAUUUAACUUGAGAGAUCUUUCAAGAAUAUGGCAAGGAAUCUUAACAGUGCAACGUCUAGAAUGUCAAACUGUUUCAUCAUUGCUCAAAUUGUGGCAACAUGAAUGUUGCAGAGUUAUAUCAGAUCGGUUUACAAAAGCUAAAGAAAGAGACUGGUUCCUCCACCUACUCAAAAACCAAGUCAAAAAGGAGUUGGACGAUGUUUACGACGAGUAUACCGAAGAUGUAACGUACUGGGUUGAUUUUCUGCGAGAACCACCAGAAGCAACAGGUGACGAGCCUGAAGAUUUUUGUUUUGAUGCUCCAAAAAUAUAUGAAGAGAUCCCAAGUUGGGAAUUUUUGAAAGAAAAAUUGUUUUCUUUCGUGGAUCAAUACAAUGAGCAAAUAAGAGGUGCUGCUAUGGACUUGGUGUUUUUCCAUGACGCAAUGGUUCAUCUAAUGAUCAUUUCGAGGAUAAUUAGAUCGGCACGUGGAAACGCGCUAUUGGUCGGUGUUGGAGGUUCCGGAAAGCAGAGUCUUACUAGACUUUCCUCUUUUAUUGCAAAUUACAAAACAUUUCAAAUUCAAUUAACUCGAACCUACAAUGUUGGUAAUUUAAUGGAAGACAUGAAAUAUCUUUAUCGCGUUGCAGGAUUAGAAGGGAAAGGAAUUUCCUUCAUAUUUACCGAUAAUGAAAUCAAAGAUGAGACAUUUUUGGAAAGUCUUAACAACAUUUUGAGCUCAGGUGAAAUUGCAAAUCUGUUUGCUAAAGACGAAAUCGACGAAAUAACAUCCGACUUAAUUCCUGUUAUGAAAAAAGUUCAACCAAAAAGAGCACCAACCGGUGACAAUUUAUACGACUUUUUCAUAAGUAGGGCUCGAUCUAAUUUACACGUUGUUUUAUGUUUCUCACCUGUUGGAGAAAAAUUUAGAAGUCGUGCUUUGAAAUUCCCCGGAUUAAUAUCGGGUUGCACAAUUGACUGGUUUUUCAGAUGGCCACGAGAUGCCCUAAUCGAAGUGUCAGAACACUUCCUCAACAAAUUCCAAGUAGUUGCAACACCCGAUACCAAAAAAGAAUUGAUUUAUGUUAUGGGCGAAAUCCAAGAUUAUGUUGCACUGACUUGCAACAGCUACUUUGAAAAGUUCCGGCGAAGGACUUAUGUCACACCAAAAACGUUUAUAUCGUUCCUUGAGACGUACAAAACAGUUUAUGUUAAAAAACUGGCCAAUAUUGGUGAAAUGGAUGCGAGGAUGCGUACCGGUUUGACAAAAUUAGUGGAAGCUCAACAAAAUGUCGACGAAUUGAAGAAGGAAUUGAUUAUUAAAGAACAAGAAAUGAAAGUUGCAACUGACGCAGCUGAGAAAGUCUUGGAAGAGGUUUUAGCAGCGUCGGAAAUUACGAAUAAAAUUAAGGAAGAGGCAACGAUUGUGAAAGAUAAGGCGGAAAAACUUGUAGCCAUUAUCAGUGUUGAUCAACAAGAAGCUGAAAGUAAAUUAAUGGCAGCUAAACCGGCUUUAGAUGCGGCUGAAGCCGCCCUUUUGACUAUCAAAGCUGCUGAUAUUGCUACAGUCAGAAAAUUGGGCAAACCGCCUUAUCUCAUUACGCUUAUCAUGGAUUGUGUAUUGAUUUAUUUCAAGAGAAAACUUGAACCUGUUAAGGCCGAUCCUGAAAAAGGAUUCUUAAUUUCGUCAUGGACUGAAUCACUUAAGGUGAUGGCUGACACGAAAUUUUUGAAUAAGUUGCAAGAAUACCCCAAAGACACAAUCAAUGCAGAAAUUGUUGAUUUGCUUCAACCUUACUUUGGUUUUCCUUUGUACACAUAUGAGAAUGCUAAAACGGCUUGUGGUAACGUUGCCGGUCUCAUUUCUUGGACUAUUGCGAUGGCGGCGUUCUUUGAAGUUAACCGAGAAGUUUUGCCAUUGAAAGCUAACCUGGCUAUCCAGCAAGCUAAACUGGAUAGAGCCCAGGCUGAAUUAGCCAGUGCUAUGGAACUGUUGGCCGAAAAAGAAGAAGAAGUGCGUCAGUGUCAGAUUCAAUACGAAGAAGCAAUGAAGCAUAAACAAGAAGUUUUUGAUGAUGCGAUGAAAGUCAAAAAUAAAAUGGACUCGGCUACUGCCCUUAUAGACGGUUUAGCUGGUGAAAGAGUCCGAUGGACGGAACAACUAGCUCAGUUUAAGGCUGAAACGGAUCGAUUAAUCGGAGAUGUGGUUCUUUUGGUCGGUUUUCUCAGCUACUCGGGGCCUUUUAAUCAAGAAUAUAGAACAAAUAUGCAGAAAUUUUUACUCGAAGCUGUGUUAAAACGUAAAAUUCCAGUCACGAUGAGUUUGAAUAUUAUAGACAGUCUUACGGAUACGGCAACUAUAGGAGAAUGGAAUUUGCAAGGCUUGCCCACUGACGAGCUAUCGAUACAAAACGGGAUUAUAGUCACAUCUGCGUCACGAUUUCCCCUACUGAUUGACCCUCAAAGUCAGGGAAAAUACUGGAUUAAGGCAAAAGAAAAGGAAAAUCAUUUACUUGUCACUUCACUCAACCACAAAUAUUUCCGAAAUCAUAUCGAAGACGCUGUUUCUUUAGGUUAUCCCAUGAUUGUUGAAGACAUAAAUGAAGAGUUGGAUCCCGUCUUGGAUAACGUGCUGGAAAAAAAUCACAUCAAAGUCGGAACUACGUAUAAAGUUAAAGUUGGGGACAAAGAAGUAGAUGUUCAUCAAGAUUUCCGAAUGUAUAUCACAACCAAGCUUGCUAAUCCUUCCUACACUCCAGAAAUUUUUGCACGAACUUCCGUCAUCGAUUUUACGGUCACAAUGAAAGGUUUGGAAGAUCAGCUUUUGGGCCGAGUGAUUUUAACAGAGAAGAAAGAACUGGAAGCGGAAAGAACAAACCUUAUGCGAGAUGCUACUGCUAAUCGACGAAAAAUGCAAGAAUUGGAAGCUAAUUUAUUGUAUAAAUUAACAACGGUGCAAGGAUCACUCUUGGAUGAUCCUACAGUCAUUGAUGUGUUGAAUAUUACGAGAAAUACAGCGAGUGAAAUUAGAGAAAAACUAGCAAUUGCUAAAGAAACCGAAAUUAAGAUUAAUGCAGCAAGAGAAGAAUUCCGGCCUGUGGCCACUAGAGGUAGUGUUUUGUACUUCUUGGUGGUCAGUAUGGCAAUGGUCAAUAAUAUGUACCAAACGUCUCUAGUCCAAUUUUUGGAACGAUUCGAUUUAUCUAUGUAUAGAUCUGAGAAAAGUAAUAUCACGUCAAAAAGAAUUGUUUUUAUUAUCGACUAUUUGACUUUCGAGAUAUUCAAAUACAAGUCACGUGGUCUUUAUGAGAUUCACAAGUACAUGUUUGUGCUUCUCAUGUGUCUGAAAAUCGACUUGGAGCGAGAGCACAUAACACAUGAGGAAUUCCAAAAUUUUAUAAAAGGGGGCGCCGCAUUGGACCUCAACACAUGUCCUCCUAAACCCGCCAAAUGGAUCACAGAUAUGACAUGGUUGAAUUUGGUCGAAUUGUCGAAACUUCGCCACUUUCAAUACAUCGUCCAGCAAAUAACAGCAAAUGAUAAACUCUGGAAACAUUGGUUUGAUAAAAAUGCCCCAGAAGAAGCUGUGGUACCUGAUGGAUAUAACAAUUUGGAUACUUUCAGAAAAUUGCUACUGAUACGAGCUUGGUGUCCAGAUCGAACAAUAACUCAAGCAACCAAAUACUUAGCCAGUUCUUUGGGUCCGAAAUUUGCAGAACCAGUCGUUUUGAAUUUGGAAACGUUGUAUUAUGAAUCUCGAGGGUUGACACCGAUGAUUUGUUUUUUGAGUAUUGGGUCAGAUCCGACUCCGUAUAUUGAACAGUUGGCUAAAAGGCUCGAAACUAAGGUUAAAUCGAUUUCGAUGGGGCAAGGUCAGGAAGUACACGCGAGGAAACUGAUGACGCAAGCUAUGUCCGAGGGUUUUUGGGCUUUGUUACAAAACUGCCACCUCUCGCUGGACUACAUGAAUGAGGUCCUGAUGCAGUUUAUGGAAUUGGAGAAAGGGGUCGGUACGUACCAUCAGGACUUUAGAUUGUGGAUUACGACCGAAGUGCAUGAAAGUUUCCCGAUUAGUUUGCUCCAAAUUUGCAUCAAAUUCACAAAUGAGGCUCCUUCUGGAGUCAAAGCUGGAUUACAACGCACUUACACUUCAAUGAAUCAAGACAUGUUGGAUUAUUCCGACGCUUGGCAGUACAUUCCUUUAGUGUAUGCUAUUUCAUUUUUGCACACAGUGGUGCAAGAAAGGCGAAAAUACGGACCACUUGGUUGGAAUAUACCAUACGAGUUUAAUUCAGCUGAUUGGUUGGCUAGUUGUUUGUUUGUUCAAAAUCAUUUGGAUGAUUUAGAUCCCAAACGGGGAGUGAGUUGGCCCACUGUCAGAUACAUGCUAGGGGAAGUCCACUAUGGGGGUCGAGUCACCGACGAUUUUGAUAAACGACUUUUGAACACGUUUUGCAAAGUGUGGUUUCAUGAUGAAAUGUUCCACGACGAUUUUAUGUUUUAUGAAGGUUACAAAAUUGUGAGAUUUAAAAAUGUGUCAGAAUAUGUGACCCAUAUUGAGACUUUUGCUACGAGUGAUCCUCCACAAGUCUAUGGACUUCAUCCGAAUGCUGAUAUUACUUAUCAAACAAACACGAUUGCAAGCAUGUUUUAUACCAUGGUUUCUAUUCAGCCUAAGGAGGCUGGAGCUGGUGGUGGUGAAACUAGAGAAGAUGCGGUGACAAGACAAGCAAAAGAAAUGUUAGAGAAGCUUCCAUCGAAUUACGAUCCCUACGAAGUGAAAGAAAGACUACGAAUUAUGGGAAUUUUGAAUCCUUUGAAUAUAUUUUUGCGACAAGAGAUUGAUCGAAUGCAGAAAGUCAUCACGAAUGUUCGGACGACACUGAAAGACUUGUUACUCGCCAUUGAAGGGAUUAUUAUAAUGAAUGAGUCGUUACGGGACGCCCUCGACAACAUUUACGAUGCUCGUGUGCCAUUUGUAUGGAGAAGAGGCUCGUGGACUGCCAACACACUUGGCUUUUGGUUCACAGAGUUGUUGGAGCGAAAUGCCCAAUUUAGCACUUGGUGUUUCGGUGGCAGACCUUUGACUUUUUGGAUGGCUGGAUUUUUCAAUCCUCAAGGAUUUUUGACUGCAAUGAAGCAGGAAGUUGCACGAGCCCAUAAAGGCUGGGCUUUGGAUCAAGUGAAGUUGCAAAAUGUGGUGUUAAAGAACUUAAAAGAGGAGAUUUUGCAACCUCCUUUGGAAGGAGUUUACGUUCAUGGAUUGUUUCUUGAUGGUGCCGGUUGGGACCGCAGAAAUGCGCGUCUUAAUGAGUCUAUUAAUAAAGUUUUGUAUACUAUGAUUCCGGUUGUACACAUUUUUGCAACAUAUGGAACAGAGUUGAAAACGACCAAUCUUUAUGUCUGUCCUGUUUACAAAAAGAUGCGAAGGACUGAUUUGAAUUAUAUAACGAGUUUGUAUCUGCAAACUGUUAAACCCCCUGAACAUUGGGUUCUUCGUGGAGUGGCUCUACUGUGUGACACGCAGUAAUAAAUACAUUGUUUAUGUACUUACUUUUUUAAUAUAAUUUUUUUUUGAA